GAGCCGGAGCCCUCGGCGGCCGAAAGCGACGCGCCCGCCCACACCCAAAAGCCACCGAGCCGCCACCGCACCAUUCCUUCCGGCUGCCGCCGCUUUCGCCGCCCCAGCUCGUGCGCUCCCACCACUCCGCGCUCCCCACCCGGCUCCGCUCGCCACUCGCGACCGCGGCCGAACGAACCCUCCACCCGAUUCCUUACCCCCGCGUCCUCUCCCCCUCCGCUGCUUCGCCUCCAGCCGAGAGCUCCCGUCCCGAGGGUUUCAGGCCGCUUGGCCCCUAGCGCCGCGUCGCCUUCCCGGGCCGCCGCUUUUAGGUGCGACCUCCUCAUCUCGUCCAGACGCGGGGCGGGAUCGCUGGGUUUUCCUCCCUUCCCCUCGGAGAUCGCAUCUCUGGCCCGCGGGAUCCGAUGAGAUGCGAGAGCGGCCUCGCGCUCCGAGCUCCUAGCAGGCAUGGCUGAAGCCGCGGCGGCGUACUCGUCCUCGCCCGGAUCCUCCGCCCCGCGCCGCCUCCAUGGCGCCGGCGUCGUCAGGGACGCGCUCCUGUACGGUGGCCUCGCCGCCCCGCCCCCGCCCCCGCCCCCGCCGCUGCCGUUGCAGCAGCUGCCGCCGCCGGUGGCGCAGCAGGCGCAGGGCGCGGGUGGCGGAGGGGGAGGGGGAGGGGGAGGCGGGGGCGGGGGCGGAGGGAAGAUUAGCCCCGCGGUGCUCUUCAUCAUCGUGAUUCUCGCCGUGGUGUUCUUCAUCUCCGGCCUGCUCCACCUCCUCGUGCGCGUCCUCAUGAAGAAGCAGCACCGCCGCGGCGGCCGAGGGGGCCCCGCGUCUUCGUCGGCGGCGGCGGCGCGGGGGGACGCCGGCGGGGCGGACGCGGCGCUGCAGCGACAGCUGCAGCAGCUGUUCCACCUCCACGACUCCGGCCUGGACCAGGCCUUCAUCGACGCGCUGCCCGUCUUCGCCUACCGGGAGAUCGUCGUGGGCGGCGGCGGCGACGGCGACAAGGAGCCGUUCGACUGCGCGGUGUGCCUGUGCGAGUUCGACGCCGAGGACCGGCUCCGCCUGCUGCCGCUGUGCGGGCACGCCUUCCACCUCAACUGCAUCGACACGUGGCUGCUCUCCAACUCCACCUGCCCACUCUGCCGCGGGGUGCUCUUCGCCCCGGGGUUCAUGGGCGACGACGACCCCAUGUUCGAUUUCGAGGAGAGGCUGGAGGAAGGGAGGCUGUCAGAGGAUUGCGACGACGGGUUUGGAAUUGGAUUGCCUGGGCAGAAGGCUUCAGGGUUGGCGCAGACGCCAGCAGCUGAGAAGAGGGUGUUCCCCGUGAAGCUGGGGAAGUUCAAGAAUGUCGGAACACAGGGUGCCGUGCAAGGUGGCAAUGCCAAUGCCAACCCCAGUGUGUUGAGUAGGGAUCAAGGGGAGAGCAGCAGCAGCAGCCUCGAUGGAAGGAGAUGCUUCUCCAUGGGCACCUAUCAGUAUGUUCUUGGUACUUCUGAGCUCCGGGUAGCUCUCCAACCUGGCCGGGUUAGGAACGGCGCUGGUGGUGCAAUGAGGGGAAGACCUGCUGGUCUAAGUUCGAUCAAUGCUGAUAUUAUGGAGGGGAAGAAGAUCUGCGCGAGGAACAAAGGGGAAAGUUUCUCCGUGUCGAAGAUUUGGCAAUGGUCUAAUCUGAAGGGCAAGCUACCUGCUGGUUCGGAUGAAUGUUCGGAUGCUGGGAGCCUUCCAUGGAUGAAGAGAGGAGGUGCCGCGGAUACAUCAAACAUAUGACUCUGUACUAGUGUACUUUGAUAGUAGCUAAUGUUUCUUUUUAUUAGUGUUGCUCACUUGAUUCUUCACCUGUAGUCAUUUUGAUUGGAGUGUCAAUCUCAUUGGGGUCUUAACUUUUGGUAGUCAUGCCAGCAUAGUAUGUUGCACCAUGUAGAUUGUGAUGAUUUAGAAUCCUGUUAUUCUGGUCUGCCUUAUAUUUUGUGUUUGUCUGAUGUGCUGGUCUACAAUUUAUGUCUCUGCAAUUUCUUAUGUACUGAUCAGAGUAUAAUUGACAUUGACCUGUACCUUCUCCA